UCCCCACUGCUCCAGAUGUUUUGGGAUUGUACCUAAGGCAGCUAUCAUUAUCGGUACCCCCUUUGCUUUAUUAUUCAUUCCAAUCGUUAUAUUAUUGUAAGGUUACACAGUCCUUAUUUUAUCUUUAUCUUCAGGAGGAAAUAGCGAGGGUCGUGUCUGAGACUCUUUCCCACGUUACAUUUCCGCCCUGGACUCCGAUGCCUCUUCUCUGAACAUUGGUUUCCUCUCUUCGUUCUGUCCCUCAAGGUUAAUCCUCGCGCCCAUUGCUCCGUCUUAGAAUCCUCUUCCUCGGGGCCCCUAAAACAAAGGCAUUCGAACAACCGAAGCCUUGCCGGGAGAUUCAAAAGCAGCAGAAAAGAUGACGACGGAAUUGGUCUCCACGUCUUACGAGCUGGUGGAUUCCAUCCGCCCGAAAAAGGCUAUCCGAGCUCCCUUAAGGAUCUUGGAUCCCGCUCGCUCGAAGCUGAGCACCGUCGAGACCAAGAGGAUCAUAUCCGUCUUGGAUGAAACCAUCUUCAAGAUAGAACUGGUCAGUGUCUUCUCCCACGUCAUCGAGAACCUCGAUGAUUUUAAGCCCUUCUUGGGUCCUGACCUCACGGGAGCCUUCCGAGAACAUCUCCGGCUCUCAAACAUCCUGGAAUGUAUGCUGUCCCACCCGGAAGAAGAAAAUAUGCUCUAUAUAGGCUCCGGCAAGGGAACUUUCUUUGGCCUAGUGGAUCCCGAUGGCCAUCUCACGCUGCAUGUUCAAGGCCUUAAAAGCUCGGUCCGAAAUAUCCUACGCCUGCUUUACACCAACACUGUCGCUUGCCAAGCUCUGAAAGAGGUGUCUUACACCAGGGACCCGUCCGUCCACAAAUUUAUUCAUUGCUUGUCCAAGCAGAGGGGCUUCCUCUUCGAGCAGCUCCUCACCACCCCUCUAGAAGAAAAGGAGAAAUCUCGGUUUUUGUACGAAGUCUUCCAGAGAGACAAGAAAAACACGGAGACCGCGGCAACUCUGGAAGACGAACUUACUGCAGCCGUGCAGAAUAGGGAUGAGGAGAAAAAAUACAAGGUGGAAAUGGAGAUAGAAAACUGGGUCCAAAAAUACGAUAUCGAAAUGAUUGAAAAGCAGGAGCAGGUGGUCCUUGCUCCUCGCCUGAGCUCUGUCUCUCAUGUUCAUCCUGCCCCUGUUCCACCUGUCUACAAGAUGUCCUACUCCUGA